UUGAUCAGUAGCAUAGUUUUCAAAAAGAAAAAAAAAAGACCAGUGGCAUAGCUUCGUAGUAUGAAUCUGAUGACUCUCGUUGAUCGCCUAACGGAACUUAAACCAUAUCAUUAAGGUUUAUAUUUGGGAUUUGGGCACCAACCCCAGGUGCAUGCAUGUGCUGUUCAUUCCAACAGAAGCAGGAGAAACUUUGUCAAAGCCCCGGUCUGAAAUUAACACCGCGCCGAUAUCGCGAAGCGUAUAGGGAGAUACUAGUUCUGAUGAUCAACUGCGCGCGGCCACGCAGAGGUUCGGCGAAGCAGCCAGAUACAUGACGCAGAAAGCGAAGAAAAGCUAUGGCCGAUGAGAGGCCCACUUGGCAGGCCACCGGAAAUCCACCAAUCACUGGGCCCGGCCGUACGUAUCUCUUGUUCUCCUCGCGUCAGCGACCAACGGGAAUUACCACCAAUCACACACUCGCUAAUUGUGUAGGAGGCUAAUCAGAAUUUAGAACCCACGAAAUUAAAAACUGAACUACUGGGGGCCAUGAGUACUAGUCUGGCAAUCGAGGCGGAAGACAGCGACGGCGCCACCCCCGCGUUUGCUCCCGCGAAGAUAAGACGAAGAAGCAGAGGAUUCAGCCAGGCUAAUUAAGCAAACCGGUAGUAAGUGGUUUUUAUGCUGCUAUAGCUUAGCUUAGGUAGGUGGCGCCACUUAGCUUCACCACUUGUGCGGCUUUGCUCCCCAGGCACCAGCUCAUCGCAAGCCAAGCAUACGCAUCCAUCCAUCCAUCUCCCCGCUCAAAUUACGCGUCUCCUCAUCCCCGGCCGCGCGCCUCCUCGUCUGCAGCUAAGCUAGCUAGCACGGCCCUCUGCUCGUCCACCUCGAGAGAUCUUUUCACCAUGGCGGACCUCACGCUUCUCGCCCGCUUCUUCACCGCCCCUUAUAUAGCCCCCAUCCCCCUCGUGCAUUCCAUGACACCUACUAGUUUAGCCAUCUGCUGGUCUCGAUCUCCUCUUCCCUUCCCUAUCUAUACUCUCUCUAUCUCCCUCUUGUUGCAUAAUCAUAUCGACUUCUUGCAAGCUAGGUUCGAUUGUGUUGAGACGCAUACUAGCUUAAUUAGCAGCUGGCCGGCAGAUAUUCUCUUGGUACAGCAGCCAUAGCUAGGGGGGAGUAGGUGCACUGUAGCUUAAUUUGGCGGAUAUAGGUCAUCCCAAGGUGUAUAUAUGUCGAUGGGUGUGCCCUAAUGGUACAUGGCUGACCUGACCGAGCAUCCGUCGCCGACUGCUCCUCCUCAAGUGCAAACAGCUGGCCUGCCGGCGGCGGCUUCUCCGGGUCCUGCCUCGCCUCAUUCACCGUCGGAGCAAGGGGACAAGACGGCGCCCGGGGCAGCCACGGCGUCGACGAUGACGACGGCGAGCUCGGGCGAGCCGUCGCCACGGUCCUCGGGGAAGCACGCCUUCUACCGGGGCAUCCGGUGCAGGAGCGGCAAAUGGGUCUCGGAGAUCCGCGAGCCGCGCAAGGCGCGCCGCAUAUGGCUCGGGACGUACCCGACCGCCGAGAUGGCCGCCGCGGCCUACGACGUGGCCGCGCGCGCGCUCCGCGGGGCCGACGCGGUGCUCAAUUUCCCGGGCGCCACCGCCUCCCGCCCUGUCCCGGCGUCCGCAUCCCCGGCCGACAUACGCGCCGCGGCGGCCGCAGCAGCCGCGGCCGCCGCGCACCUUGAGCGGCCGCACGGCCCCACCGGCACUGCCUAUCCUGCCACCGCCGCAGCGGAGCACCACCAGCAGCAGCAGCAGCAACAGUACGGCAGUGGCAGUCCGGCCGCCGACGACGUCUCAGGCUACCCGCCGAUGGAGGGAGGGAUUGGCAAUGACGAUUUCAUGGACGAAGAAGCCAUCUUCGAGCUGCCUCAGCUGCUGCGCAACAUGGCGGCUGGCAUGAUGAUGAGCCCGCCGAGGCUGAGCCCCACCACCUCCGACGUGUCGCCGGAGCCGUCGGAGGCCGGCGAGAGCCUGUGGAGCUACCGUGAUCCCUAGCAGCUUGCUCCGAUUGCAUCCAUCGAUCGAUCGACGACCGAUCGCCGUGUCUUGGUGAGCUGGGCGGUAAUUAAUAAAAUCUAAGUACGUACUACUAUAGCAUCUAGCUAGCUAGCGGCCCGAAUUAAUCAUAUGCAUGGCAAGAUAAGGAGAGAGAGAGGUAGGGUACACUUAACACACAUCGACAUGGACCCAAGAGGCCGGUGCGCCGCAGCGUCCUCCAUCUGGUAAUAUAUAGUAUGUGUGUUGUGUAUUACUCCUAUAUAUGUGCUAGCUAUCAGUAGACCAGUACCCAGUCGUCAUGCAGUUACACAUAGCUUCGAUUUUGUGUGCUAGCUAGCUAGCUAAGUACCUUUGCAAUUUUCUUUUCUUUUAUUACUUUUGGCAGUUCAUUUUUCCUUUCAAUUGUGAUUCGGUGUGAUUAAGCAAAGUCCACUUGCUGAUUCACUUGAAUUAUUGCUCGUUUUAGAAUAAGAGCAUGCAAGCACGUGUUUUUUUCUAAGUGACAAGUGGAUCUCAUGUCAGUGAGACUUUUGCGGACUAUAUAUAUGUACAGGGGUGCCAUCACUGUAACUGUAAACCAGAUAAAAUAUUUAGUGGUGGAUAAGCAAAGAGGUGCAGACAUGCAUGCAUGGCUACACUUAAGCCUUUUCUCGAUGUUGUACUGUAUUACCUUUUGUUGUAGCUUAUAUAUAGGAAUAUGCAGGUUGGGGAAGUUGGCCGUUGAA